CGAGCCGCCGCUCUCUAUGGUGUUUAGGAGGGGUGUCAUGGCGGCCGUUGAGGUGGCAGCGGCUGGAGCCGCCGGCAGGAGCCGCUGAGCCGCGACGGGACGAGCCGAGCUGUGCCGGGAGGAUGCGCGCGGCGCCGGCGGAGGAGUCGCCGAUCCCGGUGUGCUGAGCCCGCAAUAAGAGCCGCGACCCACCCCAGCGAGGAGAAGGGAGGCGGAGGCGGCCCCUCGGCCCGCGGGAAGCGGCCGCAGGGCCCGGCCGGCGGGGCCAACCGAGGGCCGGAGCGCUCGGAGCAGCGAUGGCGUCGUGGCUGGGCGGGCUGGGCUCGGGGCUGGGCCAGUCCCUGGGGCAGGUGGGCGACAGCCUGUCCUCGCUCACCGGGCAGAUCUCCAGCUUCACCAAGGACAUCCUGCUGGAGGGCGCCGAGGAAGUGGGCGAUGCAGCAACAGAACUCCACGUGUCCAAUUCUAGACUCAGAGAAAUAGAAAGUAUUAAUGCAGCACAAAAGUUUGAAAAUGAUAGACUGAGAAAAGUCUGUAGUGACUUAGAAGAAAAGCAUGAAGCAGCAGAGUUGCAAAUAAAGCAGUUAUCUAUAGAGUACCGCAAUCAGCUUCAACAGAAAGAGGUGGAAAUCAGCCAUCUAAAAGCCAGACAGAAUGUGCUACAGGAACAACUGCAGAAAGUACAGACAGCUGCUCAGACUGCACAGUUAGGAGCUGGUGUUUUACCACCAGCUACUGCCUCAGCUUCCUAUGUUCCAGGGGUCAGACAUUCCUCAGGUUUUGAAGGAGAUGACAUGGACUUUGGAGAUAUAAUCUGGUCACAACAAGAAAUAAACAGACUGUCCAAUGAAGUUUCAAGGCUCGAAUCUGAGGUUGACCACUGGAAGCAGAUUGCAGUGUCCUCAAAAGUGCAAGGCACAAAUGAUGCUGAACAAAGUGAAAUAUACCAACUACAGAAUAUUGUUAAGGAGCUCAAACAGAAUUUAAGUCAAGAAAUAGAUGAACAUCAGCAUGAACUGUCAGUAUUGCAGGAUGCACACAGACAAAAGUUAGUAGAGAUAAGUCGUCGACACAGAGAAGAACUGAGUGAAUAUGAAGAGCGAAUUGAAGAGCUUGAGAACCGAUUGCAGCAAGAUGGUGUGAGCACUGAUGCCAUGGAUGACUCUAAAAUUACUGAACAGAAAAGAAAUGCUCAGAGUCUACAAGGAGGAAAAGCAGAAGAGUUGCAGGUUGAGGAUGAAAUAAGAGAGUUAAAUCACGAAUUGUCUUCUGCCAAAGCAGAAAACAAAAAUCUUCUGAAAGAGCAAGAAUUGGCAAAGCUAGAAAAAAUUCAACUAGCACAAGAUUAUGAAAAACUUAAAUAUGAGUUUAGCGUGCUUCAAAGAUCUGUGGCAGAGCAAGGUGCUCUCUUGAAUGAACAGGAGAAGCUCCAGUCAAAGACAUCAUUACCACAAGAUGUUGUCAGACUACAGCAAGCAUUAUCGGAAGCGGAAAACGAAAUAGCAAGACUUUCCAGUUUAAAUCAGGGACUUGAGAAGGAACUGAUGAGUGCACAACAUAAACAUGAGAAUAUUCUUUCUCCGAAUACAGAGGAUCAGAAUUCAGAAUUAAAUCAGUUAAGACAAGAUUUGGAAAGGAAAGAACAUGAAUUAGAUGAAAGCAUUGCGGAAAGAGAAACAUUAAUAGCGGAGUUGGAAGAACUAGAUAAGCAGAAUCAAGAAGCUACUCAGCAUAUGAUUACACUGAAAGAGCAGCUCUCAAAACAACACACAGAAACUGAUAGUAUCAUCAAACAGCUGAAAUUUGACGUUGAUUCUGAAAGAAAGAAAGUAUCAGAAUUAGAAAUUGAGAAAAUGAAAAUUACUAAAGAGUUAGAUAGUCAGAAAGAAAAACUAAGCCAAUGUUCAUAUGCACUUAAUGAUUUGCAUAUAACUAAGCAGCAGCUACAAGAUAAUAUUAAAAAUCUUCAGGAACAAUUAAGGAAAGCCCAAGACUAUAAUUCACAUAGUAAAAAAGAAAUUGGAGAGUUGCAGCAUAGACUAAAAGAAAGAGAGGAGGAACUUCAUGUAUCCUUGAGCAAGUUAACAGAAAAAAGUAAUGAGGAAUCUAACUAUGCUUGUCAAGGUCUGAUUCUGAAAGAAAGAGAAGUAGAAAUUGCAAAAUUACAGAAUGACAUUUCAGAAAAUAAACAAGUAAAUGAACACUUAGAGAAGUCUCUGUCUGAUCUCAGAACAGAAAAUGGAAAGCUCAUAGCAACCAUUGAAGAACUAAAACAGGAGUUAAGUGAUGCCGUUUCUGAGAAAAAUAAAGUUUACUUGGAAAAAGACACUGUUGUGGAGGCUUUGAAAAUGGAAAAAAGACAGUUAGAGAGCGAAUUAAACCAGACAGAGAAGAGGCUUUUGGAACAAGCACAUAAGUAUAAGCAAACUAUUGAGGAAUUAACAAAUGCCCGCAGUAUGGAUACCACUGCACUGCAGCUUGAACAUGAGCGCCUGGUUAAGCUCCAUCAAGAGAAAGACUUCGAGAUUGCUGAACUUAAGAGUAGCAUUGAGCAGAUGGAAGCUGACCAUCAGGAAACAAAAGAGAUGUUGACUACUAGCUUAGGUGGGCAAAAGCAGUUGACAGAUCUCUUAAAAGAGAAAGAGGUAUUUAUUGAAAAAUACAAAAAUGAAGCCUUACAGGUGAAGCAGGAACUUGAGGAAUAUAUGAAAGUGUCAAAAAAGCAGGAUGUCUUCAAACAGAACUUGGAGGAAAAAGACAGAAGUCUUGCAGUCAUGAAGGAAGAAAAUAAUCAUUUGAAAGAAGAAAUUGAACGCCUUAAGGACCAGCAAAGUAGAUCCACGCCUGUGGUGGAGCCUAAAACUUUAGAUAUUAUUAUUGAACUUGAAAGUGAGGUAACACAGUUAAAAAUGAUUAGGAAUAAUCUUGAAGAAGAAAUAGAAGUUCACAAAAAGACAAUCGAAGAUCAGAAUCAAACAACAGUGAAACUUCAGCAGUCGUUGCAGGAGCAGCGAAAAGAAAUAGAUGAGUCCAGAUUUCAGUGUGAGCAAAUGAAUGUCACACAUGAAAGACUCUUUUUAGAGAAAGAUGAGGAAAUUAAAAAUUUGCAGAAAACAAUUGAACAAAUUAAAACUCAGUUGCACAAAGAGAGACAGAUUAUUCAGACUGAUUCUUCUGAUCUUUUUCAGGAAACCAAAGUUCAGACUCUUAAUGGAGAAAAUGGAAAUGAAAAACAUGACUUAUCUAAAGCUGAAAUUGAAAGAUUGGUAAAAGGUAUAAAAGAAAGGGAGAUGGAGAUUAAGCUUCUAAAUGAAAAGAAUGUUUCUCUAAGUCAGCAGAUUGAUCAGUUGUCUAAGGAUGAAGUUGGGAAACUUACUCGGAUCAUUCAAGAGAAGGAUUUAGAAAUACAAGCUCUCAAUGCUAGAGUUUCCUCAGCUUCCUAUAGACAGGAUGUUCUUGGUCUUCAGCAGCAGCUGCAAGCUUAUAUUAGGGAAAGAGAACAAGUAUUAGCAGUUCUAAGUGAAAAGACAAGAGAAAACAGUCAGUUAAAAACAGAGUAUCGUAACAUCAUGGACAUGGUUGCUGCUAAAGAAGCAGCUUUGGUGAGGUUGCAAGAGGAGAAUAAAAAGUUAUCUAACAGAUCUGAAAACAGCAGUCAAGACAUGUCUAGAGAAACUAUUCAGAAUUUAUCCCGUAUCAUUCGCGAAAAAGAUAUCGAAAUAGAUGCUCUAAGUCAAAAAUGCCAAACCUUAUUGACUGUCUUGCAGACAUCCAGCACAGGUGCUGAUAACGGGUCAGGAGGUGUGAACAGUAACCAGUUUGAGGAACUUCUACAAGAACGUGAUAAACUAAAACAGCAAGUAAAGAAAAUGGAAGAGUGGAAACAACAAGUAAUAACCACAGUUCAGAACAUGCAGCAUGAGUCAGCUCAUCUCCAAGAAGAGUUACACAAGCUUCAAGCACAAAUUUCAGUUGAAAGUGAUAGUACUUCAAAGCUGCAGGUAGAUUAUAAUGGCUUGAUUCAGAGUUAUGAACAGAACGAGAAAAAGCUGAAAAGUUUUAGUCAGGAAUUAGCACAAGUUCAGCACAGCAUAGGACAGCUUUAUAACACCAAGGAUCUUCUCCUGAGUAAACUUGAUUUGGUAACACCAUCUCUGGCAGCAGCUUCCACCAUUUCACAACUUUCAAGUGUUCAAUACAGUCCUCCUGAAGUACUCAGUGAUGAGUGUAAACUCCUUCAAGAUGAGUUGGAACAACUGAAAAAAAAGUUGCAAGAAAAAGAGUCAACUAUUAGGACUCUUCAGGAAAACAAUCAGCGAUUAUCUGAUUCUGUUGCUACAGCAUCAGAGAUUGAAAGAAAGAGUCAAGAAGGGACUGAGUCAGAGAUGAGGCAGAUCAAAGAAAAACAUGAUGUCUUGCAGAAAUCACUUAGGGAAAAAGACAUAUUAAUUAAAUCUAAAAGUGAUCAGUUACUUUCUGUGAGUGAAAAUCUUAGUAACAAAGAAAAUGAAAAUGAGCUUUUGAAGCAAGCUGUGACUAAUCUAAAAGAAAGAAAUUUAAUUUUAGAAAUGGAUAUUCGAAAACUGAAAGAAGAAAAUGAAAACAUAGUUGCAAGGUGUAGGGAAAAAGAAACAGAAUUCCGCGCACUUCAGGAAACUAAUAUGCAAUUUUCAAUGAUGCUGAAAGAGAAAGAGUUUGAGUCUCACUCAAUGAAGGAAAAAGCUCUUGCUUUUGAGAAGCUGUUGAAAGAGAAGGAACAGGGCAAGACAGGAGAAUUGAAUCAGCUGUUAAAUGAAGUUAAGUCAAUGCAGGAAAAGGCUGUUACUUUUCAGCAAGAGAGAGACCAAGUCAUGGUAGCACUCAAACAGAAGCAAAUGGAGAGCAGUGCCCUGCAGAGUGAGGUGCAGCAUCUGCAUGAGAAAGAGCAGCGCCUGAAUCAGGAGCUGGAGAGGUUACGAAAUCACCUUUUAGAAAUGGAAGAUUCCUACACGAGAGAAGCUUUGGCUGCAGAAGACAGAGAGGUCAAGCUAAGAAAGAAGGUUUUGAUUUUGGAGGAAAAACUCGUCUCCUCAUCUACUGCGGUGGAAAAUGCCAGUCAUCAGGCUAACCUGCAAGUUGAAUCUUUGCAAGAGCAGUUAAACCUGGUUACCAAGCAGAGAGAUGAAACUGUGAUGCAGCUGACCAUCUCCCAGGACCAAGUGAAGCAGUAUGCACUGUCUCUGGCCAACCUGCAGAUGGUACUAGAGCAGUUUCAACAGGAAGAAAAAGCUAUGUAUUCAGCAGAGCUGGAGAGACACCAAAAACAGAGUGCAGAAUGGAAGAAAAAAGCAGAAAACCUAGAAGAAAAAGUUGUAUCACUGCAGGAAAGUUUAGAAGAGGCAAAUGCUGCCCUGGAUGCAGCAUCCAGGCUUACUGAGCAGCUUGAUAUCAAAGAGGAGCAGAUUGAAGAGCUUAAGAAAGAAGGUGAGAUCAGAAAAGAAAUGCUAGAAGAUGUACAAAAUAAACUAAUGAACCUUAUGAACAGCACAGAAGGAAAAGUGGACAAGCUCCUGAUGAGAAAUCUCUUUAUUGGACACUUUCAUACUCCAAAAAAUAAACGUCUUGAAGUGUUAAGGUUAAUGGGAAGUAUCUUGGGAAUAAAAAAGGAAGAACUCGAUCAGUUAUUAUCUGAAGAACAAAGAGGAGUUACGAGAUGGGUGACUGGCUGGCUUGGUGGAGGAGCUGGGUCAAAGAGUGUUCCCACUACACCUUUGAGGCCAACUCAGCAGAACAUUUUUAAUAGUUCUUUUUCAGAAUUGUUCGUGAAAUUCCUUGAAACUGAAUCUCGCCCAGGCCUUCCCCCGCCCAAGCUCUCUGUUCAUGAUAUGAAACCUUUAGGACCAGCAGGAACUGGUAAAACUAGCAAUACUCCAUCCAAGAGUCAAAUGCAAGAUUCUGCAGUCUCGGCAGUGGGCAGAAGACCAGAUGCAAAUCCAUUUUUAGCACCUCGAUCUGCAGCCGUGCCUCUCAUAACACCAGCUAGUACUUCUGGACAUCUGCUUAUGAAACCUAUUUCUGAUGCAUUGCCUACUUUUACACCACUGCCAGUGUCCCCUGAUGCCAGUGCUGGUGCUGUAUUAAAGGACCUUCUAAAACAAUAGAUGAUCUUGUAUCAGUAUGAUGAUAGUAGCACUUUAAGGAAAAUGAGAACACUAUGCUGUAUAUAAUUUAUCACAAUGAGGCCUUCUGUAAAAAGUCAUGUACUUGAUUGCAAUUGUACCUUGCUUUUCUUUUAAUUGCAAAUUUGUCAGUGCUUGGAAAUUCUAAUGGUGGUAUGAAUAACUGCCUUCUCUAUAGUAGGCAUUCAUUUUGGGCAUGGGUUAAAUAUUUAACUGAGAAAAAUCUGUCUUGUUGCUAGAUUGUCACAAGACGGAUUUUUAAACCUUUGUUAUGUUGAGUUGUUUCAGUUAUGCAUAGACAGCAUUAACCCUUUGCUGUUGAUAUCUGUUUUACCAUUGAAACAAUCUGCUACUGGCAGUGAGCGUUCAAGAACCAGAAUUGAAAACAAAAAUAUGUAAAACACCUCCUUCAGCAGAAAUUGAUCUGAGGUGUUCAAUUAAUGACACAAACUUCAAACAAUAAGAUGGUGAACAUGUAGGGAUUGAUCACUGAGCAGCUGCAGUCUUCCCACACGUGAUUUAUGGUAUUUACUUAAUGUACAUUAGGACAGGUAUCUCUUAUUUACAGGUCUGAUUGCAUUUGGGGGCAAUUUGAGGCACAUCAGCGUCUUUGCACAAUGAUUUUAUAUAUCCCCCCAGAAUAAUAGCUGUUUUCAGCAGUCAAACCCAUCAGCACCAAGGAGUUAACUGUGGAAAUGAGGGCUUCAUGAGAUACGCAUGUGAUGAGGAGUGGGUGAUUUAGCAAAAGAUAGUUCACAUAUAUAAAGUCACUGUACUCCAGUGGUCCAAGGUGUAUAUAUGAGAGACUUUUUAUGUCACAAGACUUUGUAGAUUCCAGUAUAGGCUUAAAGCUUGAACACAUGUAUAGAAUUAAAAGGGAAGAAGAUGCUUGCCUGUCUCAAAUGUGUAAAUAGGUCUUUGUAAGACCAAGGCCAAAGGCAAUUAUUCUGUAAAUUUUGCUGUGAUAACUUGUACACUUUGGCAGGUGAAGAGUGAAGUUACAUACUAACAGAUAAAAGUCACCUUCAUAGUGAGUCUGAGAUAAAACAUCUUCAGUUUAAAAUGUGUAAUUUCUAAAUCUUUUAUAUACCAUUCCUUGUUAGUCAGUGUUAAGAUAACUGUUGUGGAAGUUCUAUAUUAGAACUGUCAAUCUUCUUCAUUUUCAUUUAAGAUCUUGCGUUAAAUUGUUGUAAGAGUUAUAUUUAAAUAAAACUAAUUACUGAAACUUGUACAGAAUCAACAAAAUGCAAGAAAUCUUUGCAUUUAUUUAUAUAGAGGUCAAAUAGUGAAUUCCUUCUGUUGCCUUGAAACCUAGCAAAGUUUUUUUUAAUUAUUGUAUUUAAGAGCUGUUUGAGUCCCUUUUCUCUGGUAUAGUAAUGUUUCAUGGAAGACUUACGCAGAUUUUUAAGUGGAUUGACCAUACUGGAUUUUGAUUUUUAAAUUUUUUACUCCAUUAUGGACAGUUUGGCAGUUUGAUUUCCAAAAGGGUAGCAGCCACACAUUUACCAAAGUAAAUUCUGCAUUAUGUAAUAAAUGUAAUGAGAAUUUAAAAUUACCUCAGCUGAGAGCAUUGCAAUUGAGUACUUCAAAUGUACAUCUUUGUUUAAACUGGGCUGGCAUAGGUACCUUUUUUUUCCUGUAGCAAUUUUAAAAGUGAAAUCAGAUGGCUUCUGUGCAAUCUCUCUUGUUGUUGUAGUCAUGUCUGUUUAAUGAUAUAUAGCUGCUUCACAAUAAAAUUGCCUUUUGGUGAGCCAAAGCAGAAGGAAAUGUUUAGUUUUUAAAAAUUAUGUGACUUACAUGUUAUAAAUUAGAAAUGGAGUCAUGCUGCUCACUAUUCUCUGGGUAUACUAACUAAGCAGUUCUUUUUUUGCUCAAUUUUUUUUCUUUUAACUGCAGAGAGCCUAAUGUGUACACAUUUCUCUUUCAGGAAGCUUUAUAAAUGCCAAUAAAGAAAACAUAGUAAGACCAUUUGUUUCUGCAUGCUGUAAAUCCCUUCCAUUUAUACAAGAAGCUAUGAGUUUGGAGAGGGAAAUCUAAUGCUAAGCAAAGUACAGAAGAAAUUCAGAGUUCCUCAUAAGCUUCUUCAGGGAGAAGAAAAUCCUCUACAGGAGAUACACAAGAGGCUUCAGUCCUCAAGUCCUAGGAGGUGAGGUCUGUUGAACUGCGGAGGAAAUCCCCAGGGCUUAGAGGUUUCUGUUCUAAGGCUUAUUCUGCAGUUACAUUGGUGGAGUUUGUUGCUUUGUUAGAAAUCAGCUGGCCUCUGUGUUCUAGGCAGUACUUCUUUCUUAAAAUGUUUCACAGACCAUUAUAAACCUUCAAGCUUUGUUUUGAUUGAAAGAUUAGUGGAUAUAUUUUUUCCUCUAAUUUUUCUUUUGUGCUUACUUUGUGCUUGAUAACUGUUCUGUAUAUAUUUGCUUUACCGGUUUCCCACAUGUACAUAUGUGACUCAUAUAGUCUGUCCUGUUAAUUGUGUGGGCCUUUCACACAGCAGCACAAGGAAAACAUUAUCUGGAAUUUAUGAGCAAGGUGCAGUAGUUGAAGAUUUUUGUUAUUCUCUUUCCUAUUGCUUUUGCAAGGGGAAGAAAAAGUGUCUGGUCCUCCUAGUUUUGGUCUAACAAGCUGUCAGUUAUCUUUAGUGGUAAGGUAACAGAAUUCUAGUGCAGGGAUUCAUUUUGCAAACUUGAUAUAAGGGAGGAAAAUGAGGGUUAGGAUUUUCUGUUCUUCUCUUUAGACUUCCUUUUUUUUUGCUGUUCUUUGCUUAUCCUGCAUUAUGUGCAAAGAGAAGGAAGUAACUGGUUGGUCUAAUUGUUACUGUAGAAGAAUGUACAGCGUGUGGUUUGGGGGUUUAUGGUUUUUUAUUUUGUUUUUAAUUAAACUCUGCUGCAUUAAACCAGUUAGUCACAGUGAUAUAAUGUAAUACAUUAUAGUGACCAGUGGACAAAUAACACUUUUUUACCUAAUGCCGCUCUCCAGCCUGCAUUUUAUUAUUGUUUCUUAUUUUUAUGCUUGACCCAUUUUCCAUAAAUAGUUAAUAGUAAGGCAGGCGACUUGGACUAUGCAUAGGAGUGACUGAUGGCUAAGUGGAAGAGACCGAAUGGAAGAUUAUUGCCUUGUAAGUAUUUCACAGUAUCACAUACCUCAUGAAAGCUUUUCAGUUAAUUAAUAUCUUCUUACUUAUGGUUUUGAUGGUUUUAUUGCCAUAUUAUCAUAUGAAAGUUCAAGAAUAAUUUUCUCAACUCAAAACACAAGGCUGCAGCUUUGUUUUCAAAAAUAGAAGCUGUGGCUUGAGCUUAUCCUUAUCUAAGAUCAUGGAGAAAGAAUCCUUCACAUCCUUGUGUUUUGAUUUCUACUGGGAGACACAAUUUGGCCAUUUUCUGAAGUGACUGACAGACUUUGGAUCAUAUUGCACAGAGCUAGUCUUCCUCAAACCAUCAAUCUGCUAUCAAAUUAGAACUAUUGCCCUUUGAAUUAUGUAGAAAUGAGGGUAUUAAUGUAUCUUUUUUUUUCCUAUGAUCCUAAAACCUGUACAAUCUUGGAUUGUGGUUCUAAUGCCCAGGCAGCUGGAAUAUACCCAGGAAGGAAACUUGUGUGUACACAGAAGUCCUUAGUCUUCUGUGUUCAGCUUCUAGUUCAGUGUAUUUUCAUGGAAUCAGAAUGGUUUAAGUUGGAAGAGACCUUUAAAGAUCAUCUUGUUCCGACCUUCUGCCAGGGGCAGGGAAACCUUCUACCAGACCAGGGUGCCAAAGUCCUAUCCAACUCAGCCUUGAAUACUUCGAGGGAUGGGGCAGCCACAGCUUCUCUGGGCGGUCUGUUCCGAUGUCUCACUACCCUCACAGGCAAAAAUUUAUUUCUAAUAUCUAACCUAACCCUACCCUGUUUUAGUUUAGAGCCAUUACCCCUUGUCCUAUCACUGUGAUAUCCAGUUUUGCUUUGGCAAGACCCAGCUGAUCUUGGGGCUUACAGUCUCUGCUCUGAAGGAACAUCUGUGGAAUAUAUUCCCGAAUAGUCUUGGGUAUUUUUGUGGUUCAUUGGCAAGUACAUGCAGAGUCAGUGAAUACAGAGGAGUUGAUGUUUCACUAAGACAUGAAAACGACUCAAACUGUCAAGUGGGACAGCACACAGGAGUGAAACCCUGCUAUAAUGUUCAUACAGGGCAUGUAUUUGAGUAGAUCAAUCACGUGUGUAUUUUAGGGACUGUAUGGUUAUUGUGUGAGUUAAACUUCAACCUAAUCUACUGAAACACAGAGAUAGUGCUCACUUCCUGCGAGGGAGAAGAUGAAAUAUAUUUGCCAGCAUUCACACUCCUUUACUGAACUCUAACUAAAAUGUGCAUCUGACAGCAGAAAAUUUGAAGGGUUUUUUUCCCC